AAAAGCGCGGGUUUACUGGUCAGAAGCAUUUCAAGCGAUUUGAUUCGAAGAUUUGUUAUUAUACUUAAAUACAUAAUCGUAACACGAGUUGUUGUUGUUUUUCACCAAUGAGCUCACACGAUCACAUCUCAAAUUCUGCAGGCAGCCGACAGAUAGAAGACCAUGGUAAAAUGAUGGGUUAGACAACGCGGUCGUAUAUCAUUAUAGACAUCAUCACGAUGAGAUAAACCCUUAUAAUGGCCCCCUCGAUUGUAACGGAUGAUUAUUACGCGGUCCUCGGAGUCACCAAAACGGCAAAUGCCGAUGCCUUAAAGGCCGCCUACAGGAAACUAGCGAGGAUCAGGCAUCCUGACAAAAACCCCGGAAAACCAACUGCGACGGCCGAGUUUCAGCUGCUCGAGGCGGCAUAUUCCACGUUAUGCGAUCCUAUCCGACGGAGGGCAUACGAUCUUCGAUUUCCGACCACAUUUACCAACAAUGGACCGACAACUCCGGCCUAUUCUUAUACUUACGCCAGCACAGCAAAUAGUGAUUCAUUUAGACAGAAGAUCCAUGAAAAAGAGUUAAGACGCGACCGUUUAAGGCGUGAAAAGAUACAAAAAGAAGAAGAGGUUUCGGAGGUAAGGCGUAACCUUGCUCGGGUCGAAGGGGAGAUUUGGAGGUUGGAUGACGAUGAGAAAAGAGACGCUGCUGAACACGCCGCCGAGAAGUCCAGUUGGUGGCGAUUGUUUUCGUCCGUCAUUGGAGGGUCGCAAAUGCAGUAUGAGGAAAGAUCCAACGAACGAGACCGCCGUCGUCUCAACAGAAUUGUAACGAAACGCGUCAAAGAGAAGGAAUUAAAGCAGCACCAAGAAGGUGUCGCGCGACUCGAGUUUGUCAUAUAUACUACUCAAAUCGAGAUCAAUGGUUUAACACAAGAGAUAAACAAAUGGAAAGGGGAACAGGAAGAAGCAUGUCGGAAAGAAGCUCAAAGACAACGAGAACAGGAAGAAGCACUGCGACGCGAAGCACAAAAGCAGGAAGAAGCACGUCGAAGAGAAGCGCAGAGGAAACGAGAAGAAGAGGAAGCACGACGAAGACAAGCCCAAUGGCAGAAGGAACAUGAUGAGAUACGAAAGAAGCAAGCCCAAAGGCAACAGCAAGAAGAGAAUGCAAGACGGGAAAGGACACGCCGGGAGAAAGAAGAAGCCGAGGCGGCUAGGAAGGCGUUCGAAAGGGAGGAAAUGCGCCGACGGGACCAGGAAGAAGAGUCAGCUCGGGAAUUUGAACGGGUACUCGAACGUAUUCGACGUGCGACAGCUCAGAAGGCUGAAGAGCGUCGACGUACCGAGGAAAUCCGGCGUACCGAAGAGCAUCAACGCGCUCAGAAAGAGAGAUCUGAAGCGAAAUCUUGUGGUCAUAUGGAGUGGUGGAAAAAGGUCAAUGGUUCUCAUAUCUGUUCUCACUGUUCGAUAAAGACAACUCAAUUCGCUCUUCAGUGUCCGGAAUGCAAGAUAUUUGCAUGCGCAUCAUGUCGCAAGUUACUCCAGGCAAAUGGCAGACGAGGUAGAAGAUCUAGACGAAACUAGGGGAAAUUUGUAUCUUUAGAAUUUAUGUGACCAACGAAAUAUUUCAAUCAUAUCAAUUAUAGUACUGUA